AUGAGCGGAAUAGAACCAUUUCAGUUCGAACCAGUAUAUCAGCCUGGAGAAGAACCACCUCAGGAAGAGAGUGUAGGACAGGAGGUAGAAGCCCACGAAGAAGACAAUACUUCGAGGAUGGGAAACACCGAAUGGUGUUUGUGCGGCGCUUGUGCGCUUAUGCCGGUGGCAAAUGAAUGUUACUGCUGCCAAGAACUAGAGGAGCUUAAUCAAAAGUUCGACAAUUCAGGUUUGUUCUUAUUAUGUGAUUAUUCUCACGAGUAUUUUGUUUGAAGCGACCGCUUCUUUGCUAAGAGUGACAAAAGGUGGACAAUUGCAAACUCGAUCUUAGUUGUAAUUACAAUUACAAGGUCUGAUGGAUGAAAAUUAUUGAAACAGUGAGGGAAAUAAAAUGUUAAGACUUUUUUCUUCUUGAUAGGUGUUAGAUGCAUAACAGAACAUCCGAAAUUUGGUAUUGUGUGCUUGGACACGGAUGUUUUGAGCACGGCAUUGGUUGCAAUCCACAAUGCGCGGCUCAAUCCAAUUCCCGACCCUAUCGUCAACAGGUAAACUGUCUUUUUCUUUCUUAUUUUGUACGCGUAAUUAAGUCAAUCGCUUUUGUGACUAUAUAUCCUCUUGUUCUCUAGAACUUGGCGUUUGGCAGUCUACAGACAAUUUACUUGGUGGGCACAUGGGGUAUUAGGAAAAAACCGGCGGAGAAUCGUGCCAGCAUGCGUCGUCACGGCCAUACGUAAAACAUUUCCAGAAGAGAGUGGUAAUUACGUGGGGUUUCGAAAGCAGAUCUGGAACUUUGAACUUUAUCCUUAA